GCAAGAGAGAGGACAGAGUUUGAAGGGUGGGGGAGAGAAAAAGAGAGAGAAGAGAUAGAGAGAGAGAGAGAGAAGGAAGAACUAACGAGCUCCAGAUAAAAUCGAUUGAAGGAUUAGAUUAGCGAAAAGCUACGAUUUUUCUUCUUCUGCAGUUCAUCUGAUUGAUAGACUUCUUCACUGGAGGAAUCUUGUUUCAUUUGAUGUUUCUUCUUUGAUUUCUAUACCGCUUUUCAGCCGGGAUUCUGCAAUUUCUGGUGUUAUUUUCCGGCGAUUUUUCAGUUUAGGGUUUUGUUUUUUUUUUUUUUUUUUUAGUUUUAUUUUGGGAGAGAGAUGAGAUUAGUCCUCAUGUAUAGUUGAUUUGGAGGAAGGGACGUAGAAUCGCAUCGUAUCUGAUAUGGAUAGGAACAGAGAAGCUAGAAGGACGACGACGAACAUGGCGGCCUCCAACGGGCUCUCUAGACGUAGAUACAGGAGUAGUAGUCUCCGUGACUCUCCAGAGGAUGAUGGACAGUUGGAGUUACAGGAUACCGUAAGAUUAAGAGAUCGAGGUAGCGGGAAGAAAGAUCGAGAUCGAGAUAGGGAUAGAGACAGAGAUCGAGACCGUGAAAGAGAUCGGCUAAGUAGGAGCAAGAGGAGGAGAGCCGAUAGAUUGAUUCAUGGUGGUAGCAAUAGGGAGGAUGGAGGUGAAGAUAGUUCUGAGGAGAGUGUAAAUGACGAAGAGGAUGAAGAAGACGACGAUGGCGGUGGUGGUGGAGCGUCCGUCAGAAUGCUUCCGCCAAAUCCGGCGGCGAUUUUGAGCCAUCGGAAGACUUUUCCACCGGCGAAGAGUUUCAGAGCAGCACCGUCGUGGAAAGCAGCCGAUGAAAUGAUUGGUGUGUCGGUGCCGAGAAAAGCCCGGUCAGCCUCGACGAAGCGGUCUCAUGAAUGUUGGCCAGCAGCGACGGGCGGCGGAACGGCUAUAGAGGCCAUUAACCGGCAGGCUUCAACAUCGCCAGUGAGGCCAAGUCUUACAGCAAUGGCGGCGACGUUUCAGCCUCCAGCCUCGCCUUCUUCUUCCAAUGCUCCGGUGAGGAAGAAGCUGAAGCAAACCGGACCUAAACCCCGGCCGCUCAAAUCCUCCUCAAAACUAUCAUCCACGGCUCAAGACGAGAUCGAGAUCGAGAUUGCUGAAGUCUUGUACGGUAUGAUGAGACAGCCACAAGGUCCUCCGAAACAAGAACCCUCUACUACUGAUUCCAUGAAGUUCGAUUCCAAAUCAACCACUGAUGCCAAAUCCAGAGUUUCAUCGCCGAUUUCCAACUCUUCUGAUUUGCCUACCCCUUCCAUUUUGCCUCAAAAUUCCAGUUCUUCUGUCACUCCGAUAUCAACCACAGCACCCAAGAGGAAAAGACCGCGUCCAGUGAAGUACGACGACGAGAACACCGCCACCUUCAGCCUUCGGAAUAGCCCCAUUUCAUCAAGAGCCAAAGCUGAGGCCGAUCAGCCGCCUACCAACGCCGAGAUCCCUUCAUCUAAUGUGGACAAAGUUUCAGGAUCUGCAGGUGAAAAUGUAGUUUCGAAUGAAUCUGCUAAUUCUCUGGCUUUACCGGAGUCCCGUCCAGAAUCUAUGAAGGUGGACACAACCAGUGCCAUGCCCAAUUCCAAGCCAUUGACUGAAGAAUCAGACGGCAAAGAUUUGGGUUCUAGCAAGGAAGAACCCCAAUCUCCCCUGAAGGAAUCAAAUGGCCCUAGAUUAGAAGAUAAGCGAGAGGAUAUGACAGCGACCAAAUCAAAUUCAUCAACAUUCGAUGCUGAGAACCAGCGGGAUGAUAAGUACAAGAUAGAUCUAAUGGCUCCUCCACCAUUACGAGCUUCUCCGGAAAGAGAGGGUGAGAUUGAUUUUGUGGCCGUAGAUGCUAAACCUAUGGUCAUAGAUGCAGACACGGAAAUGAAGCCUCUGAUAAAUGAAGACGACAAAGGAACAAUCAGACUUGGGGGGGCUAAAGAGGCGCUGAACGUGGAGUCUAAGGCUAUACCAGCUGAAGAAGCUGAUUCAAAGAAUCCCAUUGCUUGCAAAGAUAGGAAUUUUGACCUUCAGCUUGAUUUAGUUAAGACGAUUGAUAGAGAUGGCCCCAACAAGCUCCACCAGCAUGUUCAGAAACAGCCGCCGCAACCCAGCUCGGAAAAGGCUGGAUCUGCCGUACAAGCGGGCUCUCUUCCUUUGCCCAUGUCUCUACCCGGUUGGCCAAGUGGGCUGCCUCCUAUGGGAUAUGUGGCACCACUACCAGGAGUUGUGUCUGUGGAUGGAAGCGCUUUGCCUGCUGCUGCCAUGCAGCCCCCAAAUUUCCUUUUUCCUCAACCUCGGCCGAAGAGGUGUGCUACGCACUUCUACAUUGCUCGGAAUAUAUUGUAUCAUCAACAAAUUGCGAGGAUGAAUCCAUUCUGGCCAGCAGCAGCAGGUUCUGCUUCCUUGUUUGGGGCCAAGCAUGGUAAUCUCAGCAUCGUGCCCUCUACAGAUUUGCAAGGAAAUCUUCCGAAAAGCGGGGUAAAUGCAAUGCAGGAUAAGGGACAGAGCCUCGGAAUGUUUACGGGUCAUGCUGGGAAGGAUAGGGGCUCUCCAGCUGUUAACGUUGUCGAUGCCUCUCAGAGAAAGCAAAUCUUGCUUCAGCAAGCUCUACCGCCGGGAGCACCUAGUAAUAUCCUGCAUGGCCCUGCUUUCAUUCUGCCUCUGAGCCAGCAGCAACAGGCAGCUGUAGCCACAUCGGUUCGGCCAGUUUCUGUGAAGUCUCCUCCUCCUAGUGGGAAUGCCAACGGCAGCGUGGCUUCAAAUGCUUCAAAUCCAGCCUCUGUUAGUACCUCACCCGCUGCAGCGAUGAGUUUCAACUAUUCGGGUGUGCCUGGCAAUGAACCACAGUAUUUAGCCAUUUUACAGAACAAUGGAUAUACAUACCCAAUUCCAGCACACGUAGGAGCACCGCCUGCAUAUAGAGGAAGCCACGCUCAUUCAAUGCCGUUUUUCAACGGGUCGUUUUAUUCUUCACAAAUGCUUCAUCCUUCGCAGCUUCAGCAGCAACCGCCACCUCAGUCUCACCCUAAUCAACAGGGACUUCAAAAUGCUAAUACUGCCAAUGGUUCCUCAUCGUCUCAGAAGAACAUGUCUAAUCAGCAGCAGAGGCCACAUGGGAGCAGUUUCAGUGGGAACUUUCAAGGCUUUCCUGCAUCCAGAAAUCUGCCAUCUCAAUCACAGCACCCACAGCAGCAGCAGAACCACGCCUCUCAUCAAACAAGGCAACACGAGUCUGAAAUCGGCGGUGAAGAUAGCCCGUCCACUGCUGAUAGUCGAGUGAAUCUUGCUAAUCUGAGUGUCUACGGUCCAAAUUUUCCAAUGCCAAUGCAUACUCCUAAUUUUGCUAUGAUGCCUCCUGCAUCGAUGGUGGCCGCAGGUGGGGCACCUAUUGACAAGAAACAGCAGCCUCAACAACAGUCACAGGGUUCAAAAGGUCUGGAACAAUCUCAAACUAUUCCUUUGUCUUUUGCUCCUCCCAACGGGGCGCCCUCUGCUCCUGGGCUUGACCUUUCAUCCUUAUCACCAAAUCAUCCUAUUUUUCAAAGUCUUCCUGAGAUCACCAGGCAAGGGUAUCAUCAGAUUAUGGCCGCUGCCGCCGCUCAGGUUGCUCAGCAGAAAAAGAAUUAUCGUGUAGCAGAAGAAGGAAAAACCACACAUUCAUCGGUUGGGGAGGAUGAGAGAAAAAAUAUGUCUGUUAAGGCACCUCCAACUGUUGGUCAGUCCAUUGCCUUCUCUAGAACUGAUUUAGCCGAGACAUUAAUUUCCUCAAUGCCAGCUGGGGCUGCUGUUGAUAGCUCUGCAAGAACUCUCAAACUUGGUUCUACUGCUAGAGCUUCAGGUUCCGUUAUGCCGUCUGGGAUGAGCACUGUAAAUAUGUGUGGUUCCCAGCAUCAACUACAGCGAAAUCAUCAUCAUCAUCAGCAGCAGCAGCAGCAGAUGAUUCAGCUUCAAAAGCAGCAGCAAUAUGCAGCUGCUGCAGCUGCGGUAGCGAGGACGAAAACAUCAGCAACAAGUAAUGGCAAUGUUUAUGCCGAGCACCCUCCUGCGUCUUCGAUGGCUGCGAAGUUUCCUAAUGCAUUGUCUUCUUUUUCUCAAAAUCUUGUCCCAAGUAACAGCAAUAGUCCUGCUCAAUCUCCUCAGUGGAAAAAUUCUGUAAGAACCACUUCAUCUCAGGUACCAACCCCCCCUCAUUCUUCGUCUAAUACAUCAUCUAUCAAAAAUCUUCCCCAACAGCAGCAGCAGGGGCGUCCACAGCAAAAUCACUCUCAGAUUUCUUUUGCGGCGAGCUCAAAAUCUACAGCACAAUCACAAGGACAGCAACCUGCAAGCAGUAAUCAUCCGCAAUCGCCCGGAAUGAUUGGCUCACCAACUAAUUCUUCACUCUCAAAGGGUGCCGGUGGAAGCCCACGGACAGCUACUUCGGGUUCCAUGAGUCACAAAGUUGGUCAAUCAUCUUCUUUAUCAUCACAGCAGACAAAGAAUCCUACAUCUAUGCCCCCUCAGAAGUUAUCUCCUGCUGGUGGGCGAAACGUUACGUCAAUUCUUGGCAAUAAUCAAAUGACCUCUUCAAGUUCUGGAACUAAAUUAUCCCAACAGUCGCAGCAGCAACAACAGCAACAGCAACAUUUGUCGAAGCAAUCAUUGCAGCAAGCCCAGGUGCUCUUCCCUUAUAUGCAGGCCCAAGUUUCCCAUUCAAGUAGCAGUCCAACUGCUUCACCUUCAAGCGGUUAUUAUCCAAGGCGUCGUCCUGAGCAGCAAUCACAAUUGCAGGGCUCAGGAGGAACAUCCUCAAAUGGAAUGCUAUCCCUAUGCCACCCUGUUACACUCGGAGGUAACAGCACUACUGAUCCAGCUAAGGCCGUUGCUGCUGCGGCUGCUGCCACAGCCAACAAUAUGAAGGGCGGUAGCUUAUCCACACAAGCCAUUCUCCAUCCUGCUCAGUUUGCUGCUGCACAGUCCUCCGGUAAUCCUCAUCAACUUGUACCUGCAGGUUUUCCUUGCGUGCAUACCGCUGCAGUGCAAGUGAAAUCAACAGAGCAGAAACAACCUGCGGGUGGGUAGAAUUAUGGCCCUUGUUCUUAACCAACCAUCCAGCUAUUAUUUCAAAUCAGGACUGAAGACAUGCAAAUGGUGCAAGCCCAGGAAAGUAACAAUGGGCAUAUCAUAUGGCAGCCUGAGAAGAAAUGAAAGUUCAAAUAGCUAAGCAGCGGCAGUCUGAUAGCCCGUCGGACUCUUAAACCCACAAUUUUGGAAAGCUAUGAGAGGAAGUGGGAAGAUUGUCCUCCAUUUGAGAGGGUGCUUCAGCUGUGGGUUGUUCAGUUAUAUGGUGGUUUGGUCUGGAUGGGGGAGAGGAAAGGCAAUCAAUCAAUCCAAAGAAGAACCUUUGAUUAAAGGGGGGCAGCAACACAGCAGUUCGCAGAGUAAAAAAAUCAAGAUUUCCUUCCCUUCCUUCGGGUGGGUUGUAAUGGUGGAGGUUCUUUUUCUUCCUUAAAUAUUUGAUUUCAUUACCUUUUUUGAGGUUUAUUCUCUCUUUAAGAGCCAUAGAACAGUAUCUUUUAACAUAUUAUGUGCAGUGAAAAGGGGGUGUAGUUGUAUAUGUUUGGCACAUAUAAUGGGUAGCCCUCAAAUUUUUUUGAUUUAAAACAAAGCCUGUUGCCUUGCCUCGCCUC